AUGAUUGCAAACCGUUUCCUCUCCGUAGGCCUCGUCGCCCUUUGCCUCGUCCUCGCUGCCGGCACUCAGCCAGCCCGAGCUGACUGGAUUCAGGAUGCCACUGCUGGUGGCCAGCGAGUCUUCCAGGCCGCCUUUGACACAUGGACAGAGAGCGACCUCCGAUCGUACCUUCUUGAGCGAGGAAUCCUUUCCCCCACCUCCACCCGUGAGCAGCUCGUAGUCCUUGCCAAGCAAGACUACAGCGCCCUCGGCAGCUCUGCCGGAGCCGCCCAGGCUUCCGUCUCGUCCGCUUACAAUGCGGCUGCUCAGUCUGCCUACUCGUUGGCUUCUUCUGUUGAAUCUGGAGUACGUGCUCAAGCCUCCUCGGCCGGGUCUAUUGUGGGCACCGACUUACCAAAUUCGGCUUCUUCCUUGGCAUCACAGGCUUCCGCUUCUGCUUCUUCUCUCAGCUCCGCUGGAUCCUCUGGUAUCAGCUCGGCUUCUGCCAAUGCACCCAAUGCUUCUUCUCUGAGCAAGGAUGCUUCCAAGAGUGCAUCAUCCCUCAGCGCCAAGGCCGCAAAGGGUGCUUCGUCUGUCAGCGGCGACGCUGCCGGCGCUGCUUCCCAGGCCAGCAAGUCGGCUUACAGCGCCGCUUCUGACGCUAGCAAGUCGGCCUCUUCGGCUCUUGCCCACGCCACAAAGGAGGUCAUGAAGACCUUUGACUCUAGCAAGGACUACGUCUACAGCGGUUGGAAGGACGCCGAGCUCAAGAAGUGGCUCGUAGACAACGGCAUCGUCAAGAGCGACUACCAGGCCAAGCGUGACGAGUACAUCAAGCUCGUGACCGACAACUACAACUCCGUCACCGACACCUCGUCCUACUGGUCGGCCUGGACCGACUCGGACCUGCGCAACUGGCUCAUCGCCAAUGGCUACCUCAAGUCCGAGGCUGAGGCCACCCGUGACCAGCUCAUGGCUGACGCUCAAAAGUACGGAAGUGACCUUGCCGAGACUGGACGCUCCUACGCCAGCUGGUCCGACAGCAAGCUCAAGGAGUACCUUUCUGCCACUGGUCUGACCAAGACUCCCACCACUAGGGCAGGUCUGAUGAGGGAGAUGAGGGCUCGAUUCGUGCCCCAGAAGGGAUACCUCGACCAGAUCAAGGACGGAGUGAGGGACUUCAUUGCUGGCUCCCACGACGUCGCUGGCAAGGUGCAGCAGGGCGGAGCUGCCGCUUCCAUCUCGGCUUCGUCGGCUGCUAGCGCCGCUUCCAACAGCGCUUCUUCCGCCAAUGCCAGGGUCCACUCCGAGCUCUAGACCACUCUCACCAUCUUGAUGCGAACGUGGAUCGGUAGCAAAGAGUGGGAAGUAGUGGGGGAAGAUAUAGUGAGCUGAAGAAGAAGAUGGGUAGCAAGGAUGGAUUUGGUUUGUAGGGCAGACGGUCGUGUUCUUGUUCAG